GUCUACUAAUAUAUAACUGUCUUAUUGCAUCGUUUGUUUUGACACUAAUACCCCGUUAUUACCUUCACAGGUGUCGACUAUGGCUCACUCCUCGAUGGAGAUAUGAGUGAUGACUCAAGCAUCUAUGGCCAAAAGCCUGGUAGGAAGCCAAUGUCUGAUAGCGAUGACAUAUCAACUGACGUCGAUACUGAAGACCCAAAAGUCAAACGAAAAGUGCAGAACCGUGCUGCCCAGCGUGCCUUUCGAGAACGGAAAGAACGCUAUGUCAAGGAACUAGAGUCCAAAAUCAAGCAAGUCCAAGACAAUCAUCUACACGCAACAACUCAACUGGUCCAAGAAAACCAGCAUCUACGUUCGAUCGUAUAUCGACUCGAAGCCGAAAACUUUGCAUUGAAAGGCAUCCAUAUUCAAUUUCCCAUCCAUCCUAGCCCUUAUACCCCAUGUUCACCGUCAACACCAUCUGCCAUCCACUCAAACGCUAUCCCACCUUCGCAUCAUACCAUGUUGCCACCUUCAUCACUAUCUAAUGCGUCACGAACGACGCGCGACGUUCAAUACACAUUUGCCAUUAGUACACCAGCCACGCUCCGGCCCAAGAUGUUCGGUAACAAAGACAGCCGAGAACAAGAAGCAGAGUUUACGCGGAUACUCCAAGAACAAGUCUCAAAUGACGCGAUCGAGCGUUUGCUAUCCGAGCCAUUAUUUGACACUUGCGGAGGACUGAUCGCUCCAGCUGUCACGAGUGAAGGUGAAGAGCAAACGAACAAUAAGCUUUUAACCUGCCCAGGUAUAUGGCAGCGUCUUUGCAAGCACAACAGGUUCUCUUAUUUCACGAUGGAAGAGCUCUGUCAUGAGGUGCGGAAGCGCGCCAAGUGCACCGAGCGAGGGCCGGCGGUAACAGAAACAGACAUGGAAGCCAUCCUACGCUUCAUGGAUCCAAAGCAUUAUAAGAAAUAAGCAGGCCAAAAAGGGGCUUGUGAUUUUUGCAUAGAAAACAAAAAUACUGUAUAUAACAUCCCAUCAUCUUAGCAUUUGCACGUUCUAAUGAAAUUCACCAAAAGACGUUAUCAGUCUGGCC